AAGCAAUAAUAGGUGUAGUACUAUUUUGGUACAAUAUGGAAAAGCCAUCUUCUGUUUCUCAUAUAAUUUGAUAUAUGGAAAUAUCAAAAUCUAAUCCAACCAAUUCAAAGUACUUUGUUUAUUAGCUAGACAGCUCAUGGUUUGGACUUGCCACUCCUCUUCUCUUUUUAUUUAUUUAUUUUUUUAUUUUUGGUUUCUUUUUUCUUUUUUCUUUUCUUUCUUUCUUUUUUUUUUUUUGUAAUUUUUCACAAACUAGUAUUUAAAAGCACACAACCCCAUGUACUGUAAACUAUUGAGCUAAGAAGAGAAAAAAAAAAAAAAGAAAAAGCCAUAAAAGGGCCUAAAUUAAACUAUUCUUCCAUCAUUAUUUUGCUCUUCUCUGUUUUUCUUUCCCCUGUUUUUCUUCCUUCCUCUGCAUUUCGUUUGCCCUUUUUACUGAGUUUUGCUUGAAGGCUUUCACUUCAAGUUUGCAUCUUUCUUUGCACACAGAGACUCUGUAAUUGAAGGAGCUCAGAAGUGUUUUAUUGGUUUUUUUUGAGAAGUGUGUUUCUGUAUUCUCUCUUCAUUAUUGGACAAGAUGAACAAACAAGAUUUCUUGAAGACUCAGACAUGUGUUCUCAGAGUGAAUAUACAUUGUGAUGGUUGCAAGCAUAAAGUAAGGAAGAUAUUGCAGAAAAUUGAUGGAGUUUAUACUGUUAAAAUAGAUUCAGACCAGGGGAAAGUGACUGUGACCGGAAAUACUGAUCCGGCAACACUGAUAAAGAAGCUUGACAAGGCCGGUAAACACGCAGAAUUAUGGGGAGGCCAGAAGGGCGGUGGUGGUGGCGGUGGCGGUGGUGGUGGCUUCAACUUGAACCAGUUCAAGAAUAUGCAAAUUGACAACUUCAAAGCCGGAAAAGACAACAACGCAUCUCAGAAGGGUGGAAAGGACAACCACCACCAGCAACAGAAAGGUGGUGGCGGUGGCGGCCAACAAACUGCCCAGCAGCAGAUGCAGAACAUGAUGAUGAUGAUGAAAGGGGCUAAGGAUCUAAAAGCCCCGGCCAAGGACCAGAAAUCUGUCAAGUUCAGUUUGCCUGACGAUGAGGACGAUUUCGACGACGAUUUAGACGACUUUGAUGAUGAUUUUGAUGAUGAUGAUGAGUUUGAUGAUGAAUUUGAUGAUGAGUUUGACAGUGCUCCUCCGGCGAAGAAGGUACCGGUAAUGGGCGGUGGAGGCGGCGGCGGUGGUCACGGAGCUAAGGGAGGAGGUAAUGGAAUGAUGAAUGGUUUAUUCAAAGGUGUAUUCAAUAAUGGUGGGAAUGGGAAGAAAGGUGGUGGGGCAGAUACCAUUAAGAACAGUAAUGAUGGCAAGAGUAAUGGGAAUGGAGGUAAGAAUGGUAAAGGUGGAAAUCAAAAUCAAGGUGGUAAAAAUGGAGGUAAAAAUAAUGGAGGGAUGAUGCAAGUAGGGGAAGGUAAAAAUGGAAAGGGUGCUCAGAAUGGAAAUGCUGGUGGGAAGAACAGUAAUGAUAAUUGGGGUGGUGGUAAAAAUGGAGGAGGUAAAAUGAAUGCAGGAGGCAUGAUGAUGAACAAUUUGCCACAAGGGUUUCAUGAGAUGGAUAGAGGAUUAGGUGGAAGAAGUAUGGGUGGUGGUGGUGGGGGUGGGAUGAUGCCUCAAAUGGGCGGUUAUCCGAUGGGCGGUCCGGGCGGGAAUAUGUCGGCGGUUCAGGGAUUACCCGCCGGUGGUGGUGGUGCCGGCGCAAUGAAUGGCGGUGGAUACUAUCAAGGUUUGGGACAGGGGAACCCUUACAUGAACCAGCAGCAGCAGCAAUACAUGGCUCAAAUGAUGAUGGCUCAGCAGCAGCAAGCCCAUGGCGGUGGCCAGGGAAUGUACCACCCUAUGAUGUAUGCCCGGCCGCCGCCUCAGAUGUAUUACGGCCCUCCGGCUCCGGCCAGUGAUAAUUAUACCCACAUCUUUAGUGAUGAGAACACUAAUAGUUGUAGUAUUAUGUAAAAAAAGGGAAGAUGGACUUGUUUAGUGUCCUGUUUUGUUCUGGAUAAGGUAGUAAUCUGGUAGGAAGAUAUCAGUUUGUGUUAUAUGUUUGUGGCUUUGUAGUAGGUUGAAUCAAUCAAAUCCAAAUGUUGUUUAGAAAAUAAUGUUAGUUUGCUCUCUGCUUUCUCAUUUACUUAGAGCUUCUAGUUCCUUUUUUUCCCAUUAUUAAGUGUGA